GAACGAACGCAGUUGUCGACUCCGGAAAUACAUUUUCUGUGAAAUCGUACAUUUAACAUCGAUACUUACCGCGCGGCGACACGUAUCGUUGUUGAUUUAUUGUCAACGCCGACCAAUUUUUAAUUUCCAUCCGGAUAAAAUUCAUUCUGUUCGAGACGAAAGAAGAAGCGUAAGGACAGAGCGACCCGAUCGGAACCAAUACCGCUCCAUCAUCAUCGCCAUCGUUAUCGGUAUCUCCAUCAUCCUCCAUCAUUCACAAAAAAAAUGCAUAAAAGGAUAGUCAAAGUUCGCAUAUAACAAGAUAAAUAUUUUUUCAAUGAAUUGAAAAGGAAUGAUUUGAAAAUCUUGCAAGAUAUUCUUCAAGAGAUAUAAUCGUGAAACUAAUCGUGAGAAUAAUAAAGAAAAGAAGAAGAAGAAAAAAUAAUAUAAAAUAAUCUAGGAAUCUGAUAUCAUUUUCACGAAAAAUAUUUCACCUUGAGAUUUCCAAACGUUCCAACGUUCAACGAAUAACUUUUUGUUACGACAACGCGUAUAAAAGCGCGCAUAAAGGUGAAUUCGAAAAAAAAAAGAAAAAAAAAACACGUAAAAUUAAAUGAACCUAUCACGUAAAACAAUUAUACAUGGCGUGAUGUUACAUAUUUCAUGAAAAUAUCGAAACGCAGAAGACAGUCCGAAGUGAAGUUUCGAAUGGAAACGUUGCCAAUUCGACGUUGCAUUAUUGUAAUGUGCAUCCAUACGAAUACAUUGUCUGAAAAAACAUGUUACUUGUUGACAUGUUACUCGGCAGCAGGCAAAAAAGCGUAUCGUAGAACGAAAAGCAAGAAUCCAUGCAAAUCCUGCAAUGAUCUAAUGAUCAAAUGAUCAUCGUGUAUCUCAGUGCCUUAGGUCUUAAAUUAAUCUUGAGAAACAACUGGCGGUUGCUGGGUGAAUUCGUAUUUUUAAACGAAAUAGUUAGUCAGUUAGUCGAUAAGUGCAUCGAGAACGUUUCUCGUUUCAUUUCAGUGAUUCGUAAAUAUACUCGAUGUGUAAAAAUGAGCGAUAGUAAUAUCAUUUCCCAAAUAUAUCCAACAAACAAUUAUCACAUUUUCUGCAUGGAAAAGAUGAGGAUUAAAUUUGAAAAACACGUGGGAGGACGGUAAAUUUCUGAUUAUGGCCGCUUGCCAUCCAACACCGGCGAUUCAACAUUUGCAACCACAGGAAUCGUCUCAGUUCGGCCUUGGAUCUAUGAACGCUCUCGGUAGCCAAGGUCGGAAACCUCUUCACCAACCACAUUAUCCGCCCCAUUUGCUCAAUUGGGUCUAUCUAGCAAUCGCCGAUCAAAAUUCUGCUCAACCGCGAGAUCAGAACAAACUUGUUCCGACAAUCUGGAGCGGUUUUUCAACAACGACGUCACAAACUCAUUCUCAUCGUGAUACACUCGAUCCUUCUUGCGCUAUAAGUGGCAAUUUUGCGGACAAUAUCAACGAACUUGCAGAUCGUUUCAGAGAAUUGGGUCUAUUAGAUAGAAAACCAACGAAAAGGCCACCACCUAAUUAUCUCUGUCAUCUGUGUUUCAAGAAAGGUCAUUAUAUCAAAGAUUGUCCGCAGGCAAGACCAAAGGGUGAGGGUUUAACACCGUAUCAAGGAAAAAAACGAUGCUUCGGAGAAUACAAAUGUCCCAAAUGCAAACGCAAAUGGAUGUCGGGUAAUAGCUGGGCCAAUAUGGGCCAGGAAUGUAUUAAAUGUCAUAUAAACGUCUAUCCUCAUAAACAAAGACCAUUAGAGAAACCAGACGGAUUGGAUGUGUCCGACCAAAGUAAGGUCCAUCCGCAACAUCUCUGUCAAAAAUGUAAAACUCUUGGUUACUAUUGUCGAAGAGAUCAAUAAUGCGAUAUACUAUAUAAUAUUCCACGA